GCAUCUCGGGGAGGGCGGGACUUACUGAGCUAAGACAGGGAGACACUCCGAACAGUCUUAACAUUAGCUUUUGUAAUGAGCGGCAAUACAUUAUAACCUCACUGAAAGUUGGUUUUAGUAUUCAUUUUAUUACAGCUCAUUUGACAAAAAAAGAUUGCCUGUUCUUGCCUGUUGUGUGUGUGUAUGUUUUUUUUUUAUUUGGAGAAAACUUGAGUGAUAUUUUCGUAUCAGAAAAGUUUGGCUCGAUUCUUUUUCGCCUACCUACUUCACAGCUGCUGAAAAUAUGUGUAAGAAGAAGCGGACUGUGCUGUGGAGGCUUUCUAAUUACUGCAGGAUAGCUGUGUGGAAUAACACUAAGUAAUGUGGAAAAUAUCGGACUAAAAUUAAGCAGGCAAACCAACGACCGGACUGAACGCUUCCUUACACAGGUAAUCGCAAAUCAGAGAGCACGAAACACCUAGUAUUUGGUUGCCGGUCCACGGAGGAGCGGGUUUGUAUGGAAAGAAGUAAGAACCAUAUCGUCAGGAGAGAGCUUGCUGUUCAGAUUCGACUAAUUUGUGUUACAUUGAACUACAUCCCGAAAUCUAUACUUAAGAAAACACCUUCAAGUAAACUGAAAAGGGCAGCAAAAGAAGGACGCUAUUAUGCCCACAAACUUCCAGCUAUAACGCAGUUUUUUUUUUUUUUGUUUUGUUUUUUGAGGAGCUCACAUUUGGAUAUAUAAAUAAAUAUAUUACCGUUGCCUUUAUUUCUCAUGUGGAAAUUGUUAUAGUGGACAUGUCAGAGAGUGCUUCUUAGUCGAUCGACAGUUUCUUAAAGUUUGAUCAUGGUCGCCGGGGUCCGUGCCCUUAUGGUGCUUCUGCUCUGCCAGGUACUGCUCGGAGGUUCUGCCGGGCUCAUUCCAGACGUCGGCCGAAAGAAAUUUAGCGAAUCGGGUCGACAAAGCCCGCAACAAUCUGAGGACAUUCUAAAUGAGUUUGAACUUCGCCUCCUCAAUAUGUUUGGGUUGAAGCGGAGACCAAAUCCGAGCAAGAACGCAGUGAUCCCGCAAUACAUGUUGGACCUUUAUCGUAUGCAUCUGGGGAAUGGGGAGGAAAGCCCCUAUCGUCCCGGAUCGGCCUUGAGCCACUACCCAGAUAGGUCUGCCAGCCGCGCAAACACAGUUAGGAGUUUUCAUCAUGAAGAAUCCUUGGAGGAGCUGUCUGGCAAGAGUGGGAAAACUUUACAGCUAUUCUUCUUUAAUCUUACAUCCAUUCCAGGGGAGGAGCUUAUCACGUCUGCAGAACUUAGGAUUUUUCGCAAUCAGGUCCGGGAUGCCAUUGCAAACAGCAGCAGUGGCUAUCAUCGCAUUAACAUUUAUGAAGUUAUAAAACCAGCAUCUUCCUCAAAGGAGCCUAUAACAAGACUUCUCGAUACUAGGCUGGUGCAACACAGUCAGAGCAAAUGGGAGAGCUUUGAUGUGAGCCCAGCAGUCAUGAGGUGGAUCAUGCAUGGGCAUGCCAACCAUGGUUUUAUGGUGGAGGUUGUCCACUUAGACACUGAGGGGAAAGACUCAAAAAAGCAUGUACGGAUCAGCAGAUCUUUGCAUGAUGACGAAGAAAGUUGGCCUCAAGUGAGGCCCUUAUUAGUAACUUUUAGCCAUGAUGGCAAAGGACACGUUCUUCAUAAAAGGGAGAAACGGCAAGGGAAACCGAAGCAAAAAAAGAGGCUUAAAGCCAGCUGUAGGAGGCACCCCUUAUAUGUGGACUUCAGUGACGUUGGGUGGAAUGACUGGAUAGUUGCCCCACCAGGGUACCAUGCUUUUUACUGCCAAGGAGAGUGUCCUUUUCCAUUAGCAGAUCACCUAAAUUCAACAAAUCACGCCAUUGUGCAGACUUUAGUCAACUCAGUAAAUUCAAAUAUCCCCAAGGCCUGCUGCGUGCCAACAGAACUCAGCGCAAUUUCUAUGCUCUACCUUGAUGAAUAUGAAAAAGUUGUAUUAAAGAACUAUCAGGAUAUGGUUGUGGAGGGCUGUGGCUGUCAUUAAACAGCAAUCUUGUUGACACUUUAAUAUUUCCCAAUGAAGACUUUAUAUAUAUAUAUAUAUAUAUAUAUAUAUAUAACAUUAAAAAUAACAGCUAUUUUGAAAAUAAAUAAAUAAAUAAAUAUAUAUAUAUAUAGUUAUGUCUACUAAAAAUAAAUUGGGAAAAUAAAUAUUGUAAUCAGAGAAUUAUUCCUUUUUAAAUAAUUUUUAAAAUGUAUUUCUGAUGUACAUUGUAUAUGGGCUCAAACCCAGCACAUGAAGUAGAAUGCUCAAAUUCUUAUUUUGUAUUUAUUACUAUUAUAACCACUUUUUUAGUAAAUAGCUAAUUUGUAUUUAUAUGUAAUCAUAAGAAAAAUAUAGGGUUUGUACAUAAUUUUAAAAAAAAGUAUAGAUGUUUUAACUGUGUGCAUUUUAAAAUACACAAGAUGACUACCAGAAAACUUCUACUGUAAAGGUCGCAUGUUAGAUAAGGGUCAACUAAAGCUAAUGAUCUAUAAUGUUCAGCAUUAAAGGAAAAAAACAUGGUUCAGCUGGAUGAGCUGUUAAACCAUGGACAGAGAAAACAAGAGUCCGGGUGUCAUAUUAUAUUACUAGACAAGGGAGACAUACUUAGUGUGUGGGUACAUGGUCCUCCCACAGUGGGUUUUUAAGUUAUAUUGUUUUAAAUGUACUGGGAAGUUAACUUUUUGGUCAGUAAGAAGGUAACAAGGUGUGAGGUAUUUGACAUUUCGGGGCAAGGAGUGAGGCUAAUAUAAACAUAAGUGCUUUACUACCCAUCAUGGUCCUCUUAAACCCUGUCUAGCCUUGACUUAUAUUUUCAAGACUUCUAUAAUGAACGUUUGAACAUUUCCCUGGGGCCCAUCUACAAGCCUUCAACCAGUCAGAGUUGGGUAACAUUUUUAUUCCAGACUGGAAAGAAAUGUAAAUUUGUCCAAAAACCAGACAUGGAAGAGUUUAUUUAUUUUAUUUUUGUAUAACUAGUUAACAAUAUUCAUCUUAAAUUUAAUAAUAGAUUAGGUGAAAACUGCACGUGACUAACCCACCAAGCAGUAUACUGUAUAGAAAAGUGUUAAGUAAUUUCCUGGUGUUAAAAGCACAACAUGCAAUGUGUUCUUAUGCUAGUUGAAUGUAAUAACAUUUGUACUUACACAGCUAUUCAGUUCUAAUCCACACAUAAUUCGACUUUAGUUCGGUAUUUAAGGUUUUUUGUUUUUUUUUUCUAUUUCUGGAAAGUCUUAACUGCAAGUCAAAAAAUAUCUAUACAUUUUGAUGAAAAAGAGUAUUGCUGGCUUUAUAAAUAUAACCAUACUUUAUGGUUUUGCCACACAGAAUUUUAAUUUUUUUUAUUUAAUAAUAUGUUCUACUUUAAAGACUGUAUAAAGCCUCAGGAAUGGGGCCCUAAAAAGAGUGGUGGACAUACAGUAUUAACUUUUUUUUUUUUGAAAAAUUUGGGCAAAAUAUGGCAAACAAAUUGGUAGCAGCUUAAAUGCACAUUGAGGCGAGGUCAGCACAUUUCAAAGAGUUUUUUUUUUUUUUUUUGACAUGUGGCACAUUAAGAUUUUUGGCAUAGCACUCUUAAAAAGCUUUCAGAUAAUGAGAUGAAGGUUUGGAAGUGUGGUAUGCAUACAAUAGUAAUUGUAGUUAAGUAAAAAUCCAACACUGUAACAUAGAAUUGCAUUUUACAGGUGGUUUAAUUAGACAGCCGCUAGAGGCAAAAUGGACCCGUUAUUCAACUUUAAGUGAGUUCAAGCAUGAACAUUGAACUAAAGUCACAAAGCACUCUAAGGAAGCAUUGCAGCUGUUGAACAUCUUUAUGUAAACUAAAUAUGUGAAGGCUGAGGUAGACCUUUACAGUAUAUAUGAAUUUGAAUUGAGUUGUGAAACGUGCAUUGUGGAGCAUUUCUGCUUUGUCAUUAAAUCAUAAUACUAUGUUAAACACAAGGCUUGCAAGUACAACAAUGUGAAACAAAAGCGAAAAAUGUUUUUUUUUAAUUUUUUUUUUUAAAUAAGUUUAAGAAGUACAAUAACACAAUAUGCCAACAUCAGUUGAAUGAUUAUGUCCUUGGGAACAAAUGAUAUUUUCUUGUGCAAAAUAUUGACACCAACCAGUGUUUGUUUUUUCAUUGAAAACCUCCCUACCUUCAGCCAUUGAUAAGCAAUUAAAAAGUCUUAUUUAUA